GGACCCCUCAUAAGUGGUGCUGAGUGCAGCAGAUUUAGAUGUUUGGAGGAUCUGUUAUUGGUUUGCACAAAUAUAUAAAAAAAGGUUUCCUCUUCUUCUUUUUUUUUUGCAUUCUGCAAGAGUUGCAGCUUUUCCCACCAAUUUAAGGGAAAUACCAGGUUCACCCAGGAGGUGGAGGGGGUGUGGCGCUGAAGUGUCUUGUCAUCUGAGAAAGUAAACCUGUCAGGUAGAUUAACGGAACAACGCUCACCCGGUCACCUCCUUUUUUAACAGAACACUUUAUCUUUUGAUGGAGUGAUGGGAUGUUUUAGUGCUAAAAAAGGCUAAAAGCAGAGAUUUACAGGUGAAGAUGCAUCCCACACCUUCCUUCCUCCGCGCUUUCAGUCUGGUUUCAGUGUGUUGGAGCUGAAGGAAAAAAAAAUAAAUAAAUAGGUAAUCAAUAGCGUAGCCGGUUGGUGCCGGACUGGACUGCCCUGUUAGCGGGCUGUGAAGCCGCCUGCCUGCAGCAUGGGAUUUGUAGCACUUGUCAGGGCUUAAAGGAACCUUCCCUUGAACUGCUUGUGACAAAGACAUGCUUGUUAGCCACAGGAGAGGGAGACAUCUGCUGGAUGCUGAGAGACACGACAGCGUUGCAGCACCUGAAGUCGUCACGGUCAUUUUAUGCUCAGUUAGACUGGAGACACCACGCCAUGUCAACAGAGAGGAGUCGGCCAAAUAUUUGUGCUCCGAAACGUCUCUAAUAUGAAUGAACUCCAGGUAAUUUUAAUUCUAAAAACCAAAGGGAUUUUGGGAGACGUUUAAAGUGUCCCUUUGAAGUUUCCCCUUUUGUGCUUGUUUGAUCUUAGUGUCAAAUGAGGGGAGAAAAUGGUAAACGUGUAAUGAACAACAGCAGUCGGAGCGUCACACAUGAGAGCGGAGCUGAGCCCCGCCGUCGCAUUGGCCUGUUUGGCUCAGUGGGGAAUCUUGGGGGACCCUUUAUCGGAGCUGUGCAGCUUUCCAGAGCCCUGCCCCCACCCCCACCUGUGGUUCCUCAGUUAGCCUUUUGUGUGGAGGAAUGUGGAGCGGCAAAAGCUCUGAUGCAGAUAAACACAGAGACGAUGGCCGGGGACGGAAAGCCAGCACGAUACUCAUUAAUCCGGGCUCAAUCUGUCUCGCGGAGGUGGUCAGAGUGAGCAGCUUUUGGUUUAUACCCAUCAAGUGCGCACAUAAAGAAAGAAGUGACCUUGAACCUUAUCUCCUCGGAGUCUGGUGUUCAACUGACAACCUGAAACGGGAGGCGUGCUCUUCUCUCGAUCCCACAAUCAGAGAAAACUUUUCUUUCAGUUUCAUCAUGUUUCCAUUUGUCGUUAGCAGUGCUGCUGUGGUUCGUCUUUGUUACACGCAUUUGCCAAAAAUAUGUGCUCGGGGCGCAUUAGACUCUUCAAUGAGUCAGUGUGUAAACACACUGGCUGCUCUUGUUUGAACAUUUGUCAGGCAGCGAAAAUGCUGUUUGAACUUAGCAGGCUAUAAACCCGAGACCUGACAGUUCUAACAGAUGUACCUCUCCUCCUCUUCUUCUUCUUUUACAGAGUGAAAAAAAACAAAAAAACUUUUUAAUGGAGUCCCGGUAGAGACAUCAACAUGAACACGUUACCAUCGAUGGACCGGCACAUCCAGCAGACCAAUGACAGGCUGCAGUGCAUCAAACAGCACUUACAGAACCCGGCCAACUUCCACUCGGCUGCCACAGAGCUGCUCGACUGGUGUGGAGAUCCCCGGGCCUUCCAGCGUCCUUUCGAGCAAAGCCUCAUGGGAUGUCUGACGGUACUCAAACAUGUUGCUGCUCAGCAGGGGUUUGACUUGGACCUGGGCUACAGGUUGCUUGCUGUGUGCGCCGCUAACCGAGACAAAUUCACUCCUAAAUCUGCUGCCCUGCUGUCGUCGUGGUGCGAGGAGCUGGGCCGACUCCUCCUGCUCCGUCACCAGAAGAACAGGCAGAACGAGCCGCAGGGAAAAGUCCCCAUGCAGCCCGGCCUGAACAGCAUGAAGCCCGGUCUCACACACAGUGAUGGAACCUUUCCCUAUGAUUCUGUCCCCUGGCAACAAAACACCAACCAGCCCCCUGGGUCCCUAUCUGUGGUUACAACGGUGUGGGGAGUUACUAACACGUCACAAAGUCAGGUGCUUUGCAACCCCAUGGCGAACAGUAAUAAUCACAUGAAUCCAGGGGGGACCCCCAUGGGGUCGGGUAUGCCCGGCAGCGCAGCGGGCCUCAGCUCACCCCAGUUUAAUGCUCAGCAGCAACAGUUUCCAAACAAAGGAGGCUCCAACCAGUCCUACAUGCAGCAGGGGAUGUAUGGCAGGCCCAGCUACCCCGGGGGACCUGGGGGGUACAGUGGAAGUUACUCUGGAGGGCCAAACCCCCCACCUGGAGGUAUGGGAAUGGCCACCCACACACGUCCUCCUGGUGACUUCACACCGCCAGCUGCCGCUGCAGCAGCAGCUGCUGUUGCUGCAGCUGCUGCUACGGCGACGGCCACAGCAACAGCAACAGUGGCAGCUCUCCAGGAGACACAGAAUAAAGAGAUGAACCAGUAUGGACAGAUGUGCCCGUCGUUCCAAAUGGGCCCUGCUCCAGCCUACAACAGCCAGUUCAUGAACCAGGCAGGCCCACGAGGCCCCCCUGGAGGAAUGAAUCCAGGCAGCAUGGGUUCAGGAAUGAACAACCCUAACAUGAGUGGGCCACCGAUGGGUAUGAACCAGGCUCGAACUCCAGGUAUGACUCCUUUUGGAGCCCACGGCCAAAGGAUGCCUCAGCAGGGGUACCCUGGUGGGCCUCGACAGGGGAUGCCCAUGCAGGCGAUGAAAAGGCCGUAUCCUGGGGAGGGAAAUUACGGAGGUCAGCAGUAUGGGCCAAACAGUCAAUUUCAGACCCAACAGGGGCAGUACCCCACGUCAAAUGCAUCAAGACCACUGCCCUCUCCAAAUUACCCUGGUCAGAGAAUGCCCGGGCAGCAGGGGCAAGGACAGUACCCACCUGGAAUGCCCAUGGCUCAGUACUAUAAGCAAGAGCCUUUCAGUUCUCAAAACACCAACUUCUCUGGAGGUGGAUACUCCUAUGGCCAAGGCAGUGUGCCCCCCAGGCCGGGUAACUAUCCACACUCUCCGGUCCCUGGAAACCCUACGCCACCUAUGACCCCAGGAAGUAGUAUUCCUCCAUAUUUGUCGCCAAACCAGGACGUGAAGCCACCGUUUCCGCCAGACAUGAAGCCAAAUAUGACGGCACUUCCACCCCCUCCAGGUAAUGCCAACGAGGAGCUACGUCUGACGUUCCCGGUUCGGGAUGGAGUUGUGCUGGAGCCUUUCCGCCUGGAGCACAACCUCGCCGUCAGUAACCAUGUUUUCCACUUGCGACCCUCCGUCCACCAGACCCUCAUGUGGAGGUCAGACCUUGAGCUGCAGUUCAAGUGCUACCACCACGAAGACAGACAAAUGAACACCAACUGGCCCGCAUCGGUGCAGGUUAGCGUCAACGCCACGCCUCUCACCAUUGAGAGAGGGGAUAAUAAAACCUCCCACAAGCCCUUGCACCUGAAACACGUGUGCCAGCCUGGGAGGAACACCAUCCAGAUAACAGUCACUGCCUGCUGCUGUUCCCACCUGUUUGUGCUUCAGCUGGUCCACAGGCCAUCUGUUCGCUCCGUCCUCCAGGGUCUCCUGAAGAAGAGGCUUCUCCCUGCAGAACACUGCAUCACCAAAAUUAAGAGGAACUUCAGCAGCGUGGCGGCAUCGGCAGGCAGCGCCACUCUCAACGGGGAGGAUGGUGUGGAGCAGACAGCCAUUAAAGUGUCGCUGAAAUGUCCAAUUACCUUCCGGCGGAUCCAGCUGCCUGCUAGGGGGCACGACUGCAAACAUGUGCAGUGCUUCGAUCUGGAGUCGUAUUUACAACUCAACUGCGAGAGGGGAACGUGGAGAUGUCCUGUGUGCAAUAAAACAGCAUUAUUAGAAGGUCUGGAGGUGGACCAGUUUAUGUGGGGAAUCCUCAACGCUAUCCAAAAUUCAGAGUUCGAGGAGGUCACUAUAGACCCCACAUGUAGCUGGCGACCGGUCCCCAUCAAGUCAGAACUGCACAUCAAAGAGGACCCCGAUGGACCUCUGGCCAAGCGGUUUAAGACCAUGAGUCCGAGCCAAAUGACCAUGCCUAACGUGAUGGAGAUGAUCGCUCAGUUAGGUCCAGGACCCGGUUCUGGGCCUGGGCCGGGUCCGAGCUUAUACCCCCCUCACCCAAGUCAACAUAGUAGCGGCAACGGGGGAGAUUACCCUCCAGCAGGCAACAACUAUCACAGCCAGGGCAGUUUCGACUUUCCUCAUGGGAACCCGUCUGGCGGUGGAGUUGGAGGAGGAGGAGCGGGACCUCCUAUGAAUGACUUUAUCCAUGGCCCACAGCUCUCUCACCCCCCUGAUGGACCUACUGGUCUGCUCUCCCAGGACAAGCCUCUCAGCCACGGCAUGAAUGACACAAUGUGCCAUUCAGAUCAGUCCCAUAGCUCCAUGCAGCAGAGCUUGCAUGCGUCUCCCCACCCCGGCAGCCAAACAGGCCCGCCGUUGCAUCACAGCGGCCAGUCAGGGCAGCUCCUGCAUCACAGCAACCAAUCAUCCCAGCCACCUCGCCAGUCGCAGCAGCCUCCGCCGCCGCAGCCUCAGCACCCCGGGCAGAACAGUCACCCCCACAGCGAUCUGAACUUUAACCCCUCCUCGGAAGGGCAGAUGGCUCAGGGAGCGCAGGAUAUGCCCGAACCCUCCCUGGAUUUGCUUCCAGAACUGGCCAAUCCAGAGGAGUUGCUCUCAUACCUGGACCCCCCUGACCUCCCGGCCAACAGCAACGACGACCUUCUCUCCCUUUUCGAAAGCAACUAGCCCCUCCCCCCAUCGCCUCCUCCUACCAACCCCCCCUCGCUGGAGUCGCGGCAUGCUUGACUAUCCGUCCACCACAAAUACCUCUUGUCAACACUUCAAGCGGCGUCCCGCGUUCGUGCUCACACACUCAAAACUGUUCCUCAACAGACGGAUGUGAUGCAGAGGAGAGUGAAAACGUGGAACUCAGACUCGUCCCUGCACCCCCCCACCCCACAAAGAUUCCACACCAGUUCCUUCUGGCUCAGAAAUGCACCACUUAUAGCCAUGUUGUCGGGCACUUAAGUGAUAUUUUAUAUAUGUACAUAUAAAAUAUACACAUAUGUAUAUAUAAACAUAUAUUAUAAUUGUGACUUUUCAACUGAAAACUGUGCAGCUAUAACCAUAAAAUAUAUAUAUAUAUAAAUAUAAAAACACAGUGUGAGAUCGAGGUAAAUUUUUUUCUUUUUUUUUAGAUUUUUCUUAAAAAAAAAAGAUGCAUCAGAGGGAAACUAUUGACAAUUCAGUUUGAAAUGUGUUCUUCCAAUGUUCUAACCCCCCACACACACUUUAGCAUGUGUGACAGCUGAACAACCGGAACUUUCAGCGCACAAAAUCCCGUCUUUGAGUGCAGGACACGCAAGCGCAGCUUGCUUUGUGUGUGUUUUCGUAUACACACGUGUGUCUGUUUACACAUCCUGUUGAAAAAAAUCUGAAUUUUAGAGAUCUUCCUAAUCGGUUUAAGCCUUAUUUUGAUCACAAGUGCAUGUGUGCCAACAGCUCCUGUAGUCCAGCCUAAGUGUGCUCGGUUAUUCUUUUUUUUUUUUUUUUUUUGUCUUGAUAUUUAUUAUUCUUUUGAGAAAAAAUCUUCCAUUUUAAUGUUUUUCAUGGUCCCACGUUGUAGAUGCUUUCAGUCUGUCUCAUUGAUCCCUGUUGUUUAGCUGCAUUCCUCUUGAGUAAAAACUAAAAAACUAAAAAAAUAGAAAUUGUACGUGAUCCAGCAGUGUUUCCAAAGCUUUUUUUGUAAAUAUCCUUUGUGACUACAUUGUGACUGUAAAGUACUGUUUAUUCCUGGGAUUUUCAUGGUACUGUGUGUCUGUCAAGGACUGCACAUGCUCUCACACACAACAGUCCCUGCAAAUCAGUCUAAAGGAUGCACUCUCACUGGCCUUGUACUGAGUCUCUAUGUAUUGUUUGGCAUUUGGAAGAAAAAAAACAUAUUGGAAUGUCCCUGCUUCAAGUUUUUUUUAUUUAAAUGUUUUAUAUAAAUGUAUUUAAGAACUUUUAAACCUUUUUUUUUUAACUGUUCAUGCAUCGAGGUUAAAUUAAAUGUACUGUUUUAUUAGUAUUCAAGCACGUUCAAAUGUGCAAAAAAUAAAUCAAUAAAUUGCAGAGUAUUAGGCUUUUCAUAUCCAUACUUUAAAAAUGUUUGUAUCUUCAUUGAAUUUUAUGUUAAGUUAUUUUUAUCCAGUGUUUGCCAACUGGGAUAAACUCGGUUUUAUGCAGUAAAAAACGAAUAAUUUAAAGUGUUUAAUAUGUUGUUCAAUAAAAGCACCACUUGUUAAGUUUUAUUUUCCCCCCCCUCUGUAAAAUCUUAUUUGUCUUCAUAAUGGCUCGACGUUCUGCGUAUGACACCGCUGUUGUGUAUUUUGUUGCACUGCCACACAGAGUGUUGGAUUCCCUACAAGGCCCACGUGUUCACAGACGUCAUUUUGGCAACGCCGUCUGUGUUUUUCUGACAUCCAACACUGGAAAUUUGCAGGGAAGUCAAUUUGGGAAUUAAAAUUCAGAGGAAAAAACAGACGAUUUGGGAUUCUUGGGGGAUAUUUGUACAUAAUGUAAAUGACAAUAGAGACACAUUAACAGAAAUGUAUUCAUUUUCUCCAGUGGGAGUGUGCAUAGUGUAUUUAGAAUUGGGACAUUGAAUUGGGAAAAUGAGUAUGUGUUUGAUUGCGUCUGUGCAGACCUCUCUAACCAUGCCUGUUCAUUUAUGUAAGAUACUUUAUGUAUCCCUUUGCUUGGGGUUUAAGCAAAGAAAAGAUGUUUUUUUUGUUUUUUUUCCCCCUUUGUGUAAUAUUAAAACCUCUGUGUAUUUCACUAUUACUGUGUACUUUUUAAAGGUGCUACAAAAUUAUGGAAACUUUUGCAAUUGGGACUUGGAGAGCUUUACGAGGCUCCAAAGGGUCGUUUCCAAAUUCACAGUUUAUACAAAAAAAUAUGAAAAAUAAAAUAAAUGUCAAAUUUGUAAUUUUUGGGGCUAAAUGUGUUUUAAAAGAACAAUCUAAGGCGAUUGGCACAACUGGCGUUUGUCCAUUUGGUUUUGUACAUUCUAUGUACAAUCAUUUCAUAUUUCCAACUGGUCAGAAGAACAUUGUGAUUUUUAGUCUUGCAAAUCUGUAUGUAGUUAGAUGAUGUGACAUUCUAAUAUUUAUCUAAUAAAUAUGUAUUCAGAUGAAACGA